AUGUCGAGUCCGCGACACUCUCCGCCUCCGUCAGCUGCGGCUCCCAGGCCCAAGGGCAUCUUGAAGAACGCAGGCGACCGCAGACCGUCGCAGGGAGAAGCGCUGGGCCAGGACGAGGAUGCUGCCAACAGACUCCAAUGGGACGAAACCAACCUGACGCUGCACGAGAUUGAGCGCGAACAGCAGGAGGCGCGCAUGAAGAUCGACGAGCCCAAGACUCCCUUUGUACAUGGCACCUCGAUCGGCCCAGUCGGAGACGACGAUGUGUUCGAUCUCGAUGGCGCUGCACCGAGCUCCAACGCGGGCGGAAGCCGUCGUGGAUCUUCGGCCGCAGAGCAGCUGGCGGCCAACACGUCGGCCAACGCCGGACGCAACCCUGGCGAAGGUCUAGGCAUCGCUGUCGGUCUCGAUGCUGCCGACCUGGCCAGAGGUGCGAGCGCCUCGGGCGAGGGCGAUGUGCGACCGGUAUCGGCUCGAUCCACGUCGCGCUCUCCGUCCUUUUCGCUGCCUCCCAAGAGCCCGUCGUCGCGACGCUCCAGCUCGCGAUCGGCCACCGCCAUGGCAGACGACCAGCGAAGCGACGUUCGCCAACAGGCGCACGACAUGGACCUCGACGACGGCGUGGAUGGCGAGGUGGAGGAGGAAGAUCCGGAUCCCGAGACUCAAGCCAAGCACGCCGCCUUUGCCGCCAAGCGCAACCAGCAUUACGGCAACGAGGCCGAGGCGAUGAAGAUCGCUGCAGCGCUCGCAGCCCACGACGACGACGACGAUGAGGACGAAGACGGAGUGCCACCGCUGCCCAAGGCCCCCAAUGGCACAGCAGCGCGAUCGUGA